AUGAGAAACAAAGGAAGCAAGUACCCCAUUGCCUUCAAGCCGAUCCUACUCGUCGUCUUCUUCCUCCUGGUUUUUGUUUUGGUAAUAUUACUCAGGUCAUCAUCUUUACCAACAUCCUUUCAAGCUUCAUCUGUUACCUCUGAUUCAAACCUACCCACCACCACCAACCCAACAUCUUGCCCUCCUCUGCAACACCAAUUAUCGGCCUCUCAAACAUGCAACAAGCUUUCUCCGGCCACUGCCGAGACACUCGUUCACUACGUCACUUCAAACAUAACCCCACAACAAACCUACAAAGAAAUCUCCGUCAGCCUCAGGGUUCUAUUGAAGAAAUCCCCUUGUAAUUUCUUGGUUUUCGGACUCGGUUUCGACAGUCCAAUGUGGGCCACGCUCAACCACGGCGGCCGGACGGUGUUCCUAGAAGAAGACAAGUCAUGGAUCCAGCAAAUCCAGUCAAAAUUCCCGAAUUUGGAGUCGUACCACGUCGUGUACGACACGAAGGUGGCGCGUGCGUCGGAGCUGAUGGAGAUAGGGAAGAGGGAGGAGUGUAACGUGGUCGGAGAUCCGAGGGUCUCUGGGUGCGAGCUGGCAAUGAAAGGGAACUUGCCGGAGGAGGUGUAUGAAGUGGAAUGGGAUUUGAUAAUGGUGGAUGCUCCGACUGGGUACCACGAUGAAGCUCCGGGGAGGAUGAAGGCGAUAUACACGGCGGGGUUAAUGGCGCGGAACAGGGAGGAGGGGGAGACGGAUGUUUUUGUGCACGACGUUAAUAGGGUGGUGGAAGAUGAGUUUUCGAAGGUGUUUCUGUGCGAAGGGUAUUUGAGCGAGGAAGAAGGAAGGCUGAGGCGUUUCACAAUACCAAGUCACAGGACUCGGUCUGGUAGACCGUUUUGCCCUCUUUAG